AUGCUCGCUAAAAAUGGGGGCGACGAGAAGUUUACUCGGGGGUUCAAUGGAGAGGUGCAAUGGAAUUUCGGUUUCAGGAGUGAGAUCUGGUGCACGCCUCUUUUGUCGUGGCACAAGACGCACAGCGGGGAUAUAGCGAGAUACUACGAACUAGAAAAGAGCUGGGACUUCAAGAGGCCCAUGCUCCACGGCAACUUCUUCGAAAGGAUGAUUGCUCCAGUUUUCGACCGCAGACGCGAAUGGUGGGACAACCUGUCCAGCCUCUUCGAUAUUACUUCUGCCAACGCGAAUUUGCCUCUGGCUCCGCAGUCCAAGUACAAUCGCAGCUUGUGUAUCAACGCCUGGAAGUCUGUGGAUGCGUGCGAAGCAGCUUGUGAGUCCUGGGACGAGUGUAUGCAAUGGAGUUAUUACGAUGACUUAUGCCGUAUGGACGACAAGCUGAUUAUGGGGUCUGGGUUUGCACCUCGCAUGUUUCAGAGAAAGGCGAGACUCAUAAUUACGAGUGGUUGGUUGUAG